CAAUGCCAAAUUUCAUCUUUGGGAAUUUCUAAGGGGGACAUCUAUCAAAAAAGAAAAUUGUUUUGACAUCUAAAACUUUAUUGUUACUAAACAGCAUCAAUUGGAUCAAUUGCGUUAGUGAAACUAUGUCUAGUGUUGCAAAUGGAUCAUCCACUGCCGUGGAACAACCGAUCGUCAGCCCAUCAGGUCCACCACCUUCAAUUCCUGUUCCUAAGGAACCAAAACCUGUAGUCGAAGAACCAACUCCAAAGUCCGCUGCUGCUCCAAUUACAAAUGAAACUGUUCCACCCAGUGAAAAGAAAAGAAGAUUAGUAAGAAAAACUCAAAGCACUAAUCCCUUGAAAUUGAAAAUUUGGUUAGCUGGUCAUGCUGCUACUGUUGCCUUUGGAGGUAUUGCAUUAUUAUUCCAAUUAUUAUGGUUACCUAAUUACUAUUACAUUAACAGUAUUAGUUAUAGAUUAGCAUUACUUGCUUCAGCUGUUACCUUGACAGCUACUUUCAGUCAUGUAUUUGGUUUGGAAUAUUUACCUUCAUUUUCAACUUUAUCCUCACAUCAAAAUUUCCAAUAUUUGAUCUUAGCAUUCAUUUGGAUUUUCACUUUUGAAUCUAUUUUCAAGGUCAUUCCUUACGUUUUGAUUUCAUUAUUACAUCUUGCUAAACAUCAAAAGAUUGAAGUGGUCUUAAAAGAGAAAGAUUUAUUAGCAUCAGUUAUAGCUUACGAUGAAUUAGUGUUGAUAGGAUUCUUAUUAUUAAGAACUUUACUCUUUAGAGGUUCUUCAGGUUUCCAACUUGUGAUCUUUUUAACUUUCUAUUGGUUAAGAAUUCUUUAUAACAAGGAAACUCGUGUCUUAUUUGAAACCAUUAUUGAAAGAUUAGAUAGUAAAGUUAGUAAGAUUGAAAAUCCAAAAGUUCAACAUGUUUGGACUAGAACUAAACAAUUCUUGGAUGCUAAAGAACAUGACGAUCAUAACGCCUAAGUCUUCUAUGUUAAUGUCAACUUUAUAUACUAUUUUAUAUUUGACUUUUCUCUUACCCCUGUUUUAUAUUCAUCAAAAUGUUCUUUUAUAGUAAUUAUAUAUGUGUUUUAAAAAUUGUAUGUUCCUGUAUACAAAAAUAUCGAAA